AUGAAUCAUCAUCGUACCGCAUCUCAUCCCAUCGAAGUUUGCAGAGCACUUCUCUUGGGGCACCACCAAGGGCAGCAACAGUUUGAAACAACAGCACCAGAGCUGAUACAGACGACUAGUUGUGGCCCGACACACCUAGCUGAUUUACGUCUAGGCAUGCUGACACCCUUGCCUUUGGACUUCUCCUCCGCAAACCUCUUUGGCCAGUCCCUGGCCCCCACUCUUGGUGACGCUUUCGAGCCCACUCCAUUUCGUGCUAACCACAAACACGACUCCUCCUCCAAGCAGAGCUGGGACUCUGAAACCUCCAUUGUUGGACAGCAAGAAUCAACAUGCAGCCCAGACUAUCUUUGCAGCAAAGGGAAACACAUUUUGUCUUCACCUCUUGCAACACCUUCCACUGUUUCAGUACAGUCGAGUUCUGAAAGCUGUCAAUUUGAGGAUCAUUAUUCAAAUGACGAGCAUCAUCAACAAGACAGUGAGUCUGAAUCCACGGAUCAGUUCAGUCGAUACCAGCAGAGUCAUUGGGAGGGACAGUAUCGAGCACUUGUACAGUUCAGACGUGAAACUGGACAUUGCCGCGUACCUCACAAGUACAAGGCCAAUCUUGGUCUAGCGCGGUGGGUAAAACGCCAACGCUAUCAGUAUCGGCUUCGCCAAGAAGGUGAUCUAACUUCCACCAUGACAGACUACCGGCUCCAAAAGCUUGAGAAGGUUGGUUUUAUAUGGUUCUCUCAUGCUUCCACAUGGGAACAACGGCUUAUGGAGCUAAAGGCCUUUCGGGAUGAGAAUGGACAUUGCAAUGUUUCUUCCAGCUACCCAGCCAAUCCAAAGCUAGCAGUGUGGGUAAAGUGCCAGAGAAGGCAGCACAAAUUGUUCAAGCUUUCAAAAUCUUCGCAUAUGACACCUGAAAGGAUCGAGGCACUAGAAGAAAUUGGCUUUAAAUGGGAGCUUCGGCAGGGCGUCAAACCAAACUUGCAAAGGUAA